UAUUUUUCAAACCCUCUUUUCUUCUUCCAAAGGUGUCCAAGCAGCACAAAGCUGGAAAUCUAACAAGUGUCUCAGAAUUCUUCCUCCUGGGCCUGUCAGAUGAUCCAGAACUGCAGCCUUUGCUCUGUAUCCUAUUCCUGUCCAUGUACCUGGUCACCAUGCUGGGGAACCUGCUCAUCAUCCUGGCUGUCACCUCUGACCCCCGCCUCCACACACCCAUGAACUUCUUCCUCUCCAACCUGUCCAUGGCGGACAUUGGUUUCAUCUCCAGCACUGUCCCCAAUAUGAUUGUGAACAUCCAAACUCACAGAAGAGUCAUUUCCUAUGUGGGCUGCCUGACACAGAUGUCUACUUUUACCCUUUUUGGUUGUUUGGAUGAUACGCUUCUGCUUGUGAUGGCCUAUGACAGGUUUGUGGCCAUCUGUCAGCCAUUGCACUACACUGUCAUCAUGAACCCAUACCUGUGUUGCUCUUUAGUUUUGGUGUCCACUUUUGUUAGUCUUUUGGAGUCCCAGGUGCACAAUUUGAUUGUGUUACAAGUCACCUGCUUCAAGGAUGUGGAAAUUUCUAAUUUCUUCUGUGACCCUUCUCUACUCCUCAAGCUUGCCUGUUCUGAUGCUUUCACCAGUAACAUAGUCAUGUAUUUUGCUGGUACCAUCUUUGGAUUUAUCCCUGUCUCAGGUAUCUUUUUCUCUUACUAUAAAAUUUUUUCCUCCAUUCUGAGAGUCCCCUCAUUAGGUGGGAGGUAUAAAGCCUUCUCCACCUGUGGCUCUCACCUGACAGUUGUUUGCUUAUUUUAUGGAACAGGGCUUGGUGUGUACCUCAGCUCAGCCAUCUCACAAUCUCCCAGGAAGGAUGCAGUGGCCUCAGUGGUGUACAUUGUGGUCACCCCCAUGCUGAACCCCUUCAUCUACAGUCUCAGGAAUAGAGACAUCAAAAGGGCCAUGUUCAGGUUCCUCAGCAAAACAAUGUAA